ACAGCUAUUUUACUACUUUACGUGCAUUCAUUUUAAGUGAAAAAAAAAGGACAAGAAAACACAGUGUGUGUGUGAAGUAAUUUUAGAGAGAAUGGAAGAGAUAAGUGCAGUGCCGUAACUGUCUCUCACAGGAGGACACCUCAACAGCACUUUUUCAUGCAGAUGCCAGGUUGAUGAUUUGCAGGUUCAGCAUGAUCGAGUUAAAACUGUCGUGCCGAUUGCCGAAGUAUUGAGUUUUAUUGCUCGCAACCGUAUGAUGAGUGACAGAUGAUCAAGAAAAAGAGAAGCAUAAUUAACCCAAAGAAAGCUACACGGCAUCACAAGACUGCAGUUUCAUCGUAGAUUUACACAGCGUGUUUUAUAACUGUUUUGCAGAUGGUCCACUCCGUAGCUGUUGUUCUACAUAAAAAAAAAAGAUGGUUCUUCGCUCUUUGUACACUUCCACAAAAUCGGUGCACAUUGCCGUGAGGCUGAGCCUGCCCACCCCCAGAGAAGACAGCGCGCGGUCGGUGCGUGUGCUUCCGCAACAGGCCUCUACUGCUCCUGGAGGGGCUCGCGUUGCAGCCCAUAACUGGGAUGCCCUACUGAUUGAAACUAGGAGAUCAGAGCUGCGAAUCCGUGUUCGAGACAAGCCGGCGCGAUGCUUCGUUGGCCUGCUGCGGCGCCCAGAAUGUUGCCGCGCAGGCUUUUUCGGGCCGCAAGCAGCGCUUUCAGAUCGCCUGGGACUUUCCCGCACUUUCGUGCCGAGCCGAGAAAGUGCCUGAACGCGGCCCUAUACGCUGGGCCGCCGUUGCGGCCGGUCGAAGCGGCACAAGGCGUGAAACUAGGGCCCGAAAUGGUCCCGAACUGCGACCCGAGAAACACAAAAACUGAUGUCGGAGUACGGCGCAGUUUGCGCUUUCACUCGGGCAACCUGAGCUCCAACGGGUUGUAUUUGAGCCAGAAUUUGCGAGUCGCCUGUUCAGCAUCGACCAAUGAUGUCAUCGUGACACGAUAGGUGGAUUAGACACCGAAACUAGUGUAUCGAUGAGCAAACGUGAACACCGUAGCGAUAGCGUCUUCUAUGCUAUGGUUGUAGUUUGGUGCGCACAAAAUUGUAACGCGCUGCGUCACAGCGUUCAAUUUUGGUUCUACAGGUAGCCAGGAGUUCGAUACAUCCGGCUGUGCGAAGUAGUUGGCAUUGUAAAGCUAUCUUUUGCGACAUUUCUGGUCUCGAAAAGUGAACGGAUACGAAAUUUCGACAUUUCCAGCAUCGUAGAGACCCGCGGGCUCGCGGCCUCGCGCGAUUGGCCGGUCGGCAGCACGAUUUGUGCCAAUGAGCGGCGAGCGCGCUUUUUUCGCCGCCGCCGCCGGGAAGCCGCGCACCCGGUCGACCGUCACACGCCACUUCGUCGGUUGCUCUCGUAGCGUUCGCACAGGUUUUUUGUCCGUAGCAUUUUCUUUCUCGCAGCAGUCAUGGCCGAGGAGACGAGCACAGCCGCAGCAGCGCCGGCCGCGUCGUCGGCACCCCAGAGCCCCAAGAAGAAGGCGGCGCGCGGAGCCGGCAAACCCCGCACCACGGCCAGCCACCCCAAGGUGUCGGCCAUGGUGAACGCGUCCAUCGGCGAGCUGAAGGAGCGCGGAGGGUCGUCGCUGCAGGCCAUCAAGAAGCACAUGGCGGCCACCUACAAGGUGGACGUGGAGAAGCUGUCGCCGUUUAUCCGCAAGUACCUGAAGUCGGCCGUCACCUCGGGCGCGCUGGUCCAGACCAAGGGCAAGGGCGCCAGCGGUUCGUUCAAGCUGGCUGCGGGCGCCGCUGCGGGCGAGAAGAAAAAGGCCAAGGCUGCAGGAGUCGUCAAGAAAGCCGCCAAGAAGCCCGCCAAGAAGACUCCCAAGAAGUCUCCCAAAAAGGCUCCCAAGAAGGUGGCGGUCAAGAAGGCCAAGCCAGCAAAGAAGCCCAAGGCCGAGAAGAAGGCGUCGCUGCCCAAGAAACCCAAGAAGCCGGCGGCCAAGAAGGCGGCCACCCCAAAGAAGGCAGCCAAGAAGUAAAGCUCGUCCUCCACGAGUCGGCCCCACGGGCACACACAAACGGCCCUCGUCAGGGCCACCCGAAACGUCUGCCUCGGCGGAGCCGUUUACCGCGGUGCUCCGACCCCCGUGACCUCUCGUUUUCGCCCGGUCAUUCGCGGUCCUCCAUCGAUCGAUCGCGCCGCCGUAACCAUGGGCUCCGGUCUCAAAUAACAACCAGGUCACGGACUUCUUGCCCGUGCGCGUUUUUCUGGCAUACUGCGUGGUUAAUGUAUGUAAGUUCUGAUUAACUGUAUAAUGUAUCAAGAUAUUAGGAAAGGUAGUUGACCUAUGACCAGUUUCUGUGCUAUAUUGGUGUUUUAACUUCCUGAACAUGCCGUUAACAGGCUUCUUAACAAGAGAAAGAAUACAUAUUUUAGAGGGAUAAUCUGCUGAGACGGCUUUUGGUAUCGAGGAACAGCCGGUUAUGAACAUAAAAAAACUUUGCUAUUGAAAUAUUUUGGAAACGCUGUGAAGCUAUUAAAUGAUGGUGCCUUUUGCUCUAAA